GACGGCGGCGGGCCGAGUAAACGAUAUCGGGCCGAAUCACUUCGAUAAGCGGCAGAGCGGUCUCUGCCCAAAAGCGGUAGCGCCAACGUCAGCGCUCAAUCAGUCGACGAGCGAGCUGGGUGGCGGAGCCGAGAGCGGUUCGAUUAGCGACGUGGUGAAGUUUCAUUAUAUUUUUUUUUGGCCAAAACAAAGGCCAGAAUGCUAAGCCAACAGAAUUGCUGGUGAGACUAGAGCGAAGAAGCGACAUGGGCCAGCUAAAGAAUGUGGGCCAAGGUCAGCAGACCUUCGUUGGCCCAAUGCUCGCCUCGACCAUGUUGCUCGUGGGUCUGGUUUUCGCCCUGCUGGGCAUCAAACUUUUUGGCUUCCGGCGGCGUCUGACUUUCGAUCGAUCUCAGGUGCAACAGCAACAACAGCAACAGCAGCAACAACAGCAACAACAGCCGCCACGUUACGCGGCUUUCGAGUCCCAGGUUAACGGCACCGAUACCGCUGUCCAUGGUGUGUUCCGACGUCGCAAUCUCGAGGAAUUCGAAAGCCCAUGGCCAUCGCCAUCAACAGCGACAGCAAACAACUAUAUCACUGGUAGUGUUCCAAAUCUGCAAUUAUAUGGCGCCAGUCCCAGGCAAACGAGGAACACGGAUGAAUCCAAAGUCUGCUAUCGGGAUAAAUCACAGAUGCAGCGACAACAACGCCUGGAGGUGCACAGUGAACACUAUGAAUACAUCACUGCUCCACCCACCCGAAAGCCACCUUCUCCUCCCGUGCCUGUUCAAUCCACGAGUCCUGGAGAUUCUCCAGCUAAUAUACUGGAAUCCUUGCCUGCUCCAGCAUCUAAACCCACAACUGAAGCCACUACUACUGCAUCAAAGCAAUCCCAGCCUGCAGCUCCUGUAAACAAUGUUUUAGAGCCUCCUAGCGAACUGGGCAUGCCGAACUUCGAUCACUUUGCCGAGAAAUACGAGCUGUUCAGUGUGAAACCCGCGACGGAGGUCACACGGCCAACGCAGCUGAGGAGCAAGAACAGUGGUCGUUAUGUCAUGUUCGAGCGGGUGGAUGAUGUGCCAGAAAUUCUCACUCCCGAGGAUUCCGUCCCGGAGCCACUGACUCCAGAUGACGGCUUGGGAGGAGCUCUGUCCGUCACGGCGGUGGUGCACCGUGGAGCAUUACCCAAGGAAGAAGCGGAAGCUGUGGAAUCGCAUCCCCCAAGACAAAGCGAUCCCUUCGAGGAGCCAGGCGGCAAUGCGGACUCGGCUUUUGUCGUGGAGAUUAUUGCAGGCAGUCCGGAAACGGAAGCCACUCCAAGUGUAAGGCCCACCGUUCAGAGAGGUCUUUUCGAUGACCUGGAGCUACCACAAGGUGAGCAUGACAGCGACUUCGUGCGGAUACGUUCCUCAUUUGUGAUGAACGAGGCGGACAUCCUGGACGUGGAUCCACUGCAGCUGCCGACGGCCGGUAGUCCACCAGGAUUUGGCAAGAGCAUCGACGAGGAUUGGGAGAACUUUGCGAACCUGGACACAGUGACGGCAGUGCCGGAACCCAACUGGGCCCUGCAUCCAAAUAGCUUGGAGCAAUUGCCCACUGUGGAGACGACGCUGAAUGAGGCCACUCUUGGCUUGGACCAUGUGGAACAGGUUGAGGGUUUGUUCCAUCAACUGGAGCUCAUGCAGCCGAGAUUAGACAUCUUUGAGCCCGUACCGCCAGUUCCUGUGGUGGAACCACCGCCAUACGAUCCUGGUCUGCCCUAUCUGCCCGAUUACGAAUCCCUGAUGCAGUUGGAGAGCACAAAGAGUGGUCAGAACUUGCCCAACUACACCGAGGUAAUGGAGCAAAGGUCAAAGAAAUCCAACUACGUAAGCAGCAUAGAGGAUCUGUAUGCCGAUCUGGAAGUGAAUGAGGUAGAGACAGCCAGAUCUUCAGGUGGCCAGAGCAACGGCAUUCACAAUUUCGAGGAGUUGUGCCAGGAAAUGGCUGUGGUGGUGCCGGCACAGCGUGCGGUCCCUCAGCCAGCACCGAGAUCCACCAAGAUAGCCACCCUAAAUGUUCGCCGUGAUGCUCCGCCCCUGGCGUGCUAUCAACCUGGAGAGCUGCCCAACUCCAGUGGCAGUGAUACCGACGGGGAGGAUGGAGCCCGUUCGGCGGCUCCAGAGCCAGCGAGGCGUGACCCAAAGUCGCUGAAAGUCCGCUUCGAUGUGGAUAACUUGCAGUACUACCAGUCCGCCGAGGUGGUAACCUCGAGUGGCGAGUCUGACGAGGAUGAGCCACUGCCUCAUCCCACGCCCAUGCAGCGCUCCGUGCUGUUCGAGCCGAGGAACAAUGGAGUGCCCAGCCUCUUCGCAUCCCAGGUCUCGCAGGAAGACAGUGAUGACGACGAUGGCUUUGGACGCGCCAUCAGCCGGCAUCGUUCCAUGACGGCGGCCUUCAGGACAAACGCUGUCAGGAGUGACACGGAGGCCUAAGCCGACUGCCACGCCCUCUGACUUCCUUAGCAAAUACAGUAUUUUAUGUGUUAAUUUUGGCCUAAUGGCUAUGACCUAUUUAUGUACAUACAUUUCGCUGAUAAGUUGCCAUAUCAUGUUGUCUAUAUAAAAUACAAAAAAUUAUAGCAAGAAAGCAAACGAUGAUAAAA